AUGCAAGACCAAUCAUUAUUUGAUUAUUUUCGCUGCUUCUAACGUCUCUUUUCUUCGCUCGAAAUUCUGCUCCCCCAUUUCUCUUUCUUUUUCUCUUCUUCUUCUCUACGCCGAAUCGCAUCAUCUCCUUUUUCCCUCCCAAAUUCCCAAUCGCUGACUGCAACACUUUCUUUUUCUCUUCAUCUUCUCUCACACAGACUGCAACACUUGGUGACCUGAAGCUCGCGGGUCUGGUUCUAGGGUUUCUUGGGUCCUUCAGAUUUUCUAUCUCAGCAUCCUCUCAACAUUCUAUCCCUUGCUCGGUGCUCCAAUUUUGCUUUAUGGGGACAGGAGGAACCUCGGGCUCGGGCUCAGAUAAGACGAAGGGUGCCAUGAACAUCGAAGGGUACCCGGUGAAGGGUCUGUCAAUUGCAGGCCACGAAACCUGUGUAAUGUUCCCCACUCUCAAAUUGGCCUUCGAUAUUGGCCGUUUCCCCCAGCAAGCUAUAAGCCACGACUUCCUCUGCAUAUCCCACGCCCACAUGGACCACAUUGGAGGACUUCCCAUGUAUGUUGCAACUCGCGGCUUAUUCAGCAUGAAGCCACCUACAAUCCUUGUACCAAAAUGUAUAAAGAAAGAUGUCGAACAACUCUUUGAAGUGCACAGAAGAAUGGACCAAUCAGAGUUGAAGCACAAUCUGAUCGGCUUGGAUGUUGGAGAAGAGUUUUACUUGAGAAAAGACCUCAAAGUAAGAGCUUUUCAGACUUACCAUGCCAUACCUAGCCAGGGUUAUGUAGUUUACUCUAUAAGACAGAAACUUAAGCAGGAGUACGUUGGCCUUUCUGGGAAUGAGAUUAAAAAUUUGAAGUCAUCAGGUGUGGAGAUUACAUACACUAUAACAGCACCAGAAAUUGCUUUCACUGGAGAUACCAUGUCUGACUUCAUAGUUGACCAAAAUAACACUGAUGUUCUGAGAUCAAGAAUUCUUGUUAUGGAGAGCACCUUUCUUGAUAACUCUGUUUCAGUGGAGGAUGCGAGAGCCUAUGGACACACUCAUCUAUCUGAGAUAAUUAGUCAUGCGGAGAGGUUUGAGAACAAGGCAAUCCUUCUCAUACACUUUUCAGCUCGCUAUAGACUUGAGGAAAUUCAACAAGCUGUUGCUGCAUUGCCUCCACCUUUAGCAGGUCGAGUAUUUGCACUUACAGAAGGAUUCUGAUGACGUUGAAAGGAGAUUUAUUUUUAGUAACCAAUAGUUUCUUGGGCCUUUUUUUUGGGGUUGGGGGGUUGUUAAAUCUGAUAGCAAGAUCUGACAAGAUGGUUGUCCCAAUCUAGUGCUAUGUGAUAAUUUCAACUGGUUUAAAAUGUGGGAGCUUGAUGCUUUUCUUGUCAGGUUUA